AUGUUAGGAAAGCUCUUCAACUUCACGGCCGGCGCUGGCUCAGGCUCUGCCGCCCAGGCCGGACACCCUAUGAUAUCCCCCGAGCCUGUUUCGUCCCUGGAGUCGGUGCAAGAAGAUGCCCAUUCCCGGAAUCUGCUCUACCCAGAUACACAAGCCCUGUUCCAGCAACGUCACGACCAGGUGUUUCCGCUUCCAGGCAGCCCCCACCUGAUCACCUCGACCCUCGCAUCUGCCUUUGACUAUGACAGUGACAUCGACCUGGACAUGCGAGACGUCCGCGUUUUGGUGAUGCAGGACGGGCUCAGUUCCAUUCCUGCAAGCCCUCUCUAUGACUCGCAGCCACCGCCCCCUCUCCCUACUCCUGCUGUUCCAGACCGCCCCUCCACCAUGGCGGGCCUGUCUCAUAUGAAUUACAACCUGCAGGACUCUGCUCGCCGUGUGCCCCCAUCCCCUCGAAAACCGAGUAUGGGCCAUUCCGUACGCCCCCUUGUCAUCCAGCCGGACAGUCCGCAGCUACGUCAGAGCGCCACCUUCGAUCGCAGACCGUCUCUGCACAGUCGCAGCCAGUCUCGAUUGGAGACCGAAGCCCACAGGGCGUACCGCGAAUACACCGACGAGCUUUCAGUGUUCUCGGGCUGCAUUUUUGGCAACUCCGAGCUUCUCGCGUACAGGGGAACGUCCACCAAGGUUCACAUUCUGCCUUCGGAAAACCGCUCUGACCUUGCAUCUACCAUAGUCCAUGAUGGACGUGGCUCUCUCGGUCGAUCCAGUAUGCGGUCCAGCAAACUCUCCCAGUCUUUCUCUUCGGAAUCCGCCGCUAUGUUUAGUCCUCCGCCUAAUUCCUCCACGUCAUCCGUUGCUACCAGCUCUCUGCGGACUGCAGAUCGAAAGAAGGUUCUGAUCACGAGGCUCUUUCCCGUCUCACUUCCGAGCGACGGUGCGACAACACAGCAGAGCGGGUUGCCCGAAGAGCCUGGCAGCGCCGGCCCUGGCUACCCCUUCCCCACUUACACUGACGACGGACUCCCUAAGAAGAAGAAAAAAGCGCAGCUGAGACAGAAGCGGACUCCCAUGUACGCCAUUGCCCUGAUCAUCAAUUUGCCGCAGCCUCCGUCGCUACAAGCCCAGUCCACAGCGCAUCCCCGGUCAACCUUCCGCGGUCCCAGUUCCUACUCGGAGCAGGAUUCCUUCCCCUCGUCCUACGGCUCCGGGCGGCGAGUAGGUUGGGGAAUGGGCUCAACUUCGUCAGCCACAAACGGCCUCGGAAUCGACGUGUCCGCGUCUGACAGCCACUCGACAACAGUCUUUGCUGGCGCAUUCAAUGCUAUGACUGACCUGGAGGAGAGGAUAGAUCCUAUAACCCAACACUGGGACAUUAUCAUGCGGGCACUCACUCAGAUGCAGGGGGUUGUGUCCAUGACUGUCUCGAAACUCCUGAGAGCCUCGGACAUUUCUUCGCCAGAUCCGUAUCCUCCUUCGAUGGUAUCACACAUGUCCCGAACGGCUUCUUUCAGUGGGCGGCGGGGUGAUGACGGAGGAAUGCCGAUGAAGGCACCAAAGACAAACGCCAAACUGGUGACACUCAUGCCUAACGCGUUGAUGGACGUGGAUCGUAUCUCUCUUGAGUCGGACAAGGCAAGGCUCCGCAUCGCAGUUGGCCUUCGCGCCUUGAGGGUCGUUACUGGCCAGAACCGGUGGGAGAUCUGGCGUGAAGAAGUGCGCUGGGUUGCGCGCUGGGCCCUGUCUUCGAUUGAGCAACACCAGCAGGUUUCACGAACACAGCUGGACAUACAUCCGGACGACUAUUUUUACAGCGCUCUGACAGUGUUUCUCGCCACACACCCCGACUGGCUAGAGCCACUAUGCGCUGCCAGACACCGCAAAGGGCAUUUGUUUCUGCAGUCUGCCAAGGGGGACGACGUUGCACUGCCGGCCAGGACUGUCAUUGUGUCGCAAGACAAAAACGCUGCCAGGCGGCUCAUCUUCCUUUUCUCCGCCUUUCUCCCGGCUACCCAGUCUCUCUCCGGUGCUAUCCGAACACACCGGCCAAGCACUUCGAUGUCCUGGGGAGCGCUCUCUCAGUCGCCGCCGACGACGUUCAUUGUGCCAGUCACUAAAGAAGAAUCGCUCCGACGGAAAAUCAAUCGCCGCGCCGGUGGCCGGAGGUCUUCUCAUUCACGCAACCUCAGCUUCCAGGGACAGGGCAGCAAUAGUGCCGGUACGGGAUAUCGUUCUGCUUCCAUAUCGGGAACAGGCCCUGUUCCUCCCUCGCUGCAACACAGCACGAGCAGGGGCCAUCACGAGAGGCGGCCGUCCGACACGGCAUCGAUUCGCGCACACAACCUUCCCAUUUCCGGAAACGACUUCAACACGCGGAAGAGUAGUGCGGCGACAAUGGCAACGACCUCGGACACGACAAUUCCUCAUUUUGCCAUGCUCCAACGCCUUGACUCGUUCUCGUUUUCCAGACCUGACAGUUCAGGCAGCGCAGCAGAAGAUGAUCUAAAGCGUGCACUUCGGCGCGGAGACAGUACUUCGGGCCAAACUGGAAAUUCUUUGCACCAUCAACUCCAGGCCAGCCUCUCUGGGCCGGGUGCCGGAAUGGACUCGCGGAAUCAAGGGUCGCGCUGGGGAAGCGUGCUGAGCGGUCUCCUGAGCGGCCGGCGACGGGAUUCGACGAGCAAUACGGGGGCAUAUGUUCACAGCCACACUGCCUCGACCUCUUCGAAAUGGGAUACAUUUGGAAGACGGGACAGCCUAACAGCAUCACCACAAAGCAGUACACCGUAUGAGCCAGGCAAACAGGCGGCGCAACAGUCAAAUGCCACUGGCAGUGGCCAACCGCCAAGUCCGACGAUGGCAAACAUGGCACACGACCGUUCUGCACCGAAGUUGUCGGAGGAGGACGCCGAUCCACAUACACCCCGGCUGCAUUAUGACAGCCCCAAGGCGGGAAACAGUCGACAGGGCCGGACAGACUCGUUCAAUGGAACUCCUGGCCCAAUCGGUGCAUUUGACUCGCCGGUGAAGACGUCAGUCAACCCGGAGGACGGUAUAAUUGACGUGGAUAUUCAGUUUCCGGAUUACCUUCGGUCAUUUGAGACAGCAGUCAGCUCACCUUCGAGCAGCGGCUUCUUAUCGACGCCAGGGUUUGGGUCGGGCUUUGGAUCCGGGUUCGGGAGCGGAAUCGACUCGUUCGAACAGUUUGGGCGCACAUCCGUUGACGGGGACCUGCCGGCAAACGUGGCCGGGUGGCUCCAGUUGUACCACCCGGACUUUGCGCUGCAGGCGAUUCCCCCACAAAGCGAUCUCCUGGUGCAGGUCAAAGAGUCCCUCCGCAACGAGCCGACGCCGGAAAGCUUCCAGGCCGAAGGCUAUCAGCGAAGCAGCGAACGAUGGGUGGACGUGUCCAGCGCGGUGAUUGUGGACACGACGAGAUGGACAGUCUGCCGGCUGCGGUACAGCAGGCUCAUCGGAACAAAGGCACCGGGCGAGGUAGUAACACCGACCAGCGGGACGGACUCGUUCUCGUCGCCGACAGCCACUUCGCCGAAUACGACGCCGCAGCAAGAAACGCAGCUGGAGGAGCGGUUCACACAGGAGUACAUCACUUCGGGAGACCGAGACAGCAUGCUGGCAGAAGCGAUUGAGCGUGUGAUUGCACAGGGCGUUGGGGUCGGUGGUGGUACGACCGAUAGCCUUUCGGGAGGUGAUACUGCAGCCGACAGCUCCAAUUGCUCUUCUCGAUCGGCGAGUGCUUUGCGCGGCCGCAGAAACAGCGGAUCGUAUGGACCUGAGGAUAUCACGACUGCCGCACCUCAUCAUAUGCUCUUCGCGCCGGCGACACACAAUGCAUCACAAGAAGUGCCGCGUGGAGAGUGCAAGACGGUGAUUCUGUCUGCUCUGGGAGAAAUUGUGCGUGAUGCUUUACAGGGCAGCGAGGCUGCUGACAGCCCACUGGAAGAGGACCAUCGAGACAAGGAUACCAGAGGACGGAGUCUCCUCAAGGAGGCUGUCAGGCAGUGGUUCGAAGGGGUUGACGCUGGAGAUGCAUAG